GGACAAAUUCUGGGGACAGUUUUAUGGCAGCAGUUAUAAAGGUGGAUCAACAACUCUUUAUCUCGGUGAUAGGUUUUGGAAUGUGAAGAUGGAAGCGUUGUCCGACAAAUGUGCUUUCACUGAUGGAUGGUCUAAGUUGAUUAGGGAUCUUGAAUUAGAUUCCCGGACUACUUUUAUUUUUACAAUGGCUGGAUAUGAGACUUUUGAGUUGUCCGUUUUUAAUCAUGAAACUGGUACUCAAAUGUAUUUCAAGAAGGUUGACGUCGUUGUGUUGGAUGAUCCUAUUUACGGAGAUGAUGGAUUUGAUUUACUGCUUGCGUCGGAACACAAAGAGAAGGUGAUUACCAACGAAAGUGAUGUUGAUGAAGAUCUUGGUGGUCAUAUAGUUGGUGAAUCUAACCGCCUUUCAUCUUCCUUUGAUUCGUAUCGGUCUAAUAAUGACCCAAAAGGAAAGUCAAAGAUUGUUUUUGGUCACGAGACUGUAUCUGCAAAGGUUCAUCCUAAGCUCAAAUCAAAGUUUUAUGUUGGAGAUAAAGGGCUUUCGACAAAGGUUGAACGAAAAGGAAAAUCAGCUGAUUAUGUUUCUGAGCAAAAUCUGUCUUCUCACGUUGUCUCUCAAGCUAAAGUAAAGUCUAAGUCAUUCAGAUCCACAACAUCAACCGCCCUUCAAGUUGGCCGUAAAUGCUCUACAUCAAAAAAGUUAAAACAAACUGGUGUUAUUAAAUUCACCAAGAAAGCCGAAAGCAGACUGCGUUUACCGACUGAUGUUUCAAGCCAUCUGUGUCUUUCUCUUCACAACUUGCGCCAUGUUACAGUUCAGAACGAAAAAUGUGAACUACUUAAGUUGGGCACAAGAGGCGAGAAGUCUGGGAAGGGUUUCAGAUAUGGUUUUAAAAAGUGGCCAGCUUUCUUGAAAUUGAAUUACAUCGACUUCGGUUCUACUCUUUUCUUUACGUACGUCAAGCCUUCUAAGCGUUUGAUGUUGACCAAAGUCGUACCCAAGAUCACAAAGAAAAGAGGUCGUUCGUGAAAGUUGGUUAUUAUGUUAUGUUAGAUGGUUAAGUAUGAAUAUUAGAUGUGGUUUUAUCGUUGCUUUGUUUUCAUACUUUGGGA